GCCUACAUCAGCUGAACUUAAUGAUCUAAGACUUAGUGAUAUUCCUCAGGGUGAGUUAGACAUGGCUGGAGCGGCGUUAUACUUAGCUUCGCGUGCUGGUAGUUGGAUAUCUGGUAUUGAGCUUGUAGUCGAUGGUGGAAGUCUUUUACAAUUUAGAUUAACGGAUGUACAAAAAGUUUCAUUGCACAGCAAUCAAACUAUAAUUACUAGGCCAACAGACACUAGUGAUUCCGAUAAUGCAAAAGCCGCCGUUAAAAAGUACGAUGAAGAUGUCAAAGCUUUUACUUUCAAUAAAUCAUACUGGUCCUUUGAUAAAAAUUAUCCUAAUUACGCUACUCAGGAACAUUUAUAUAACGACCUCGGAAAAGAACUUUUAAACCACGCUUUUGAAGGAUAUAAUACUUGUAUUUUUGCAUGUAUGUGUAUAUAUUGA